CCCACUAAUAAUGACACAUUGUCUGAAGCCACACCGAGGCAAAGUGAACACCAGGAGCCCUCUGCUGUUCUGGCACUCAUCUGAGAGUCCACAGGAGAUGAAGCAGCAAAGAACAACAACAGGAUUACAACAGCCCACGUUGGUGUAACCUUCAUGAUCACCGAGCAGAAACAAAGUAGUAGUUUGUCCUGAGAAUGUCUCUGCAGUCUGUGGUGGCUCUGGCCUUGAUCCUGGACUUCCUGGGCACUUGGCAUGGUCUGACAGCCCCUCUAGGUGAGACAGAUGAUGAAGUGUUUGAUCUGGAAAACUAUGACCUAACCAGUGAGAUGGAGUGGGGAGGACUGGACAUCACGUUUAUGGAGACAGCUAUGGACUAUGAUGACUUCGACAAAAAGAUUGAGGUGGCUAACUUAACACCAGACAUCCCAUCACCAGCCAACCAGCGUACCGCUCAACACCACAAGAAGGAGGGAACCCUACCUCCAUCCCCUACCACUGUGAACUCUACGGGAGCAGGACUCUUUGGCCCUGAGACUGGUCUGGGUAUGCCUACUUGCCUACUGUGUGUGUGUAUUGCUGGGAGUGUGUACUGUGAUGACAUGGGCCUGGAUCAGAUCCCACUGCUGCCCAAAGACACCACCCAUUUCUAUGGUCGCUUCAACAAGAUCCGACAUGUCAAAAACACAGACUUCAUCAACCUCAAUAAGCUUCGGUCCAUUGAUUUAACAGGAAAUCAGAUCUCAGGAAUGGAUGAGGAUGUCUUUCACUCCCUGCCACAGCUCCAGGAGUUACUGCUAGCUAAUAACAACCUGCAGCUUAUACCAGAGCUGCCGAUCAGCAUGAAGCACAUCGAUCUACGUCACAACAGGCUGGUCAGCCGGGGGAUGCAUUCUGAGGGAUUCAAGGAUAUGAGUCAUCUGGAGUUCCUCUACCUGUCUAACAACCACCUGGAUUACAUCCCUACACCGCUUCCACUCAGCCUCAGAGUGCUGCAUUUGCAGUAUAACAACAUCCAGUCGCUACAUGAGGACACCUUCUGUAACCUCCACGAUCUCAGCUUCAUCCGCCAUAACCUGGAGGACAUUCGUCUAGAUGGCAACCCCCUGAACAUGAACCUGUUUCCUCAGGCCUAUGUCUGCCUGCCCCGUCUGCCUGUAGGGAGUAACUGAAAGCUGCUAGACACCAGAGUCCAGGCUCCAAGAAUAGAAAGUGCUUUACUGUAAUAUGUUGUGUGUGAAUAUUGUAAUUUUGGGGAUAACUAUAUGGGGUCUGACAGCUGUUUAAAAUCCUCAAAACUUUGCCAGAAUAUUCAACAUGUUUAAGACAAGAAUCUGCAAAAUUCUAAUUGGGUUACUGUAGAAGGUAUAUCAUUUAAAAUGUAAUGGGACCUUAUGUGGUUGUUUAUGGCUAGCAUUUAGCAACAUUUAACUGUUCAGUAUUUACACAGCAUCAUACACAUACUUUCUUUUAUAUUUGUAGACGAGCUUAGCUACUAAAUACACUGUCAACUGUUUCUCUAGUUUUGUUGGUUUACUAUAGUAGUAUACAGCAGUACAGGUAGUGCACAGUACAAUGAAUGUAUCAACAGUUUAUCAACUGAAAAAAAGAAAAUGAAAGACAUUAAAGAUAAUAGUUCUCUGAGGUUUCAUUCUUAAAAUUGACCCCUUGUCACAUUAUCUGCUUAUCUGCUGUUAGGAUACAAGCACUGAUUAGAUGAAGUUCUAAUUUUUGUUAUUGCAAUAAAUUGGAGAA